AAGACAACAAAGAAGCCUGCAGGCAAACUGAUACAACUGCUACUGUGUGUUCUUCACCUGAUAGACGGAAACUUAGCACAGGAAAAGGUGCAUUAUCUCCUAAAGGUUUUGGAGGCAAGGUUGUAUCAUCUAAAUCAUUGACUGGUGGAUCAGGUGUUGUCAGAACUGUGCCUUCCAAGCCACACUUGGCAAAGUCAUCAGGUCAUUCAAGGUCUAGAGCUAGGUCAAAAAGAUCCAGGAGACAAAAGACAGUUGCACCCACAGUAAAAGAUUUGGGCAGAUGGAAACCCCAGGAUGAUUUGGCCUUGAUAACAGCCGUGCAGCAGACUAAUGACUUGAGUGCUGUCCAUGCUGGGGUCAAGUUCUCCUGCAGGUUUACACUGAGAGAAAUAGAAGAGAGGUGGUAUGCUCUGCUUUAUGAUUCAUCUGUGUCCAAAAUUGCCAUGGAGGCAGCAAGACAGCUUCAUGCAGACACUGUGGCUACAAUUCAAGGGAAAGCUUUGUUCAGCACAGCAGAGGAGAAGUUACUAGGGACUAUAGCUUGGACCAGCCAGCCAACAUUAGAGACAUUCCAGAACUUGCUGGCCCAGCACCCAGAACUAUUUCACCCCGCUCGAACAGCAAAGACAUUGCAGUCACACUGGCUAUUGAUGAAACAGUAUCACCUGCUGCCUGAUCAGACAGUGCAACCAAUGCCACUAGGGGAUCAUAUCCUCAAUCUCUCAGACAUUGAAGACUUUAUGAAUGAUGAUCACUGUGUUGAAGAAACAGAUGAAGCCAUUGAACAUGAACUUGCACUGGUGGACCGACGAAAUAAACGAGAGAUCCGACACCUGGAGCAGGAGCUUCCUAAGUGGCAGGUUUUGGUGGACAGUGUCACAGGUAUUAGUAUGCCUGACUUUGACAGUCAAACAUUAGCAGUUCUGAGAGGAAGGUUGGUGAGAUACCUCAUGAGAUCAAGAGAGAUCUCAUUGGGCAGAUCUACAGCAGACAAUCAUGUGGAUGUGGACUUAUCUCUGGAAGGACCGGCAUGGAAAGUCUCCAGACGGCAAGGAAUCAUCAAACUCAGGAACAGCGGAGAUUUCUUCAUUGCUAACGAGGGUAAACGGCCAAUCCUUGUGGACGGCCGUCCAGUGUUGGCAGGCAGCAAACAGAAGCUUUGUAACAAUUCUGUGGUAGAGAUUUCUUGCUUGAGGUUCACAUUUUUGAUCAACCAGGAAGUUAUCAGUGUAAUCAGAGCUGAUGCUGCUAAAGUGACCACCAGCGGUGGGAGUUGA